ACUCGUUGGAAACUUGACAGAUGACUCGGCAUUGUUUUUCAUCAAAUAACGCGUCGAAUCCAUAAUUUAGUAGUUUUCUUAACAUUUUGUCCACUAAAGUUUACGUUCAGAAAAACUUUGUAAAAUGUCGACAGACAAGGAGAAAGAUAAGAAUGCUAAAGGAGAUUUAGGUCUUUUAGAAGAAGAUGAUGAAUUUGAGGAGUUCCCGGCUGAAGAUUUCAAUAUUGCCGAUGAUGACCAAGAUGAGGUGAAUGUGUGGGAAGAUAAUUGGGAUGAUGAUAAUGUUGAGGACGAUUUCAAUCAACAACUAAAGGCACAUUUACAAAAGCAAGCGAUGGAAACGUAAAUUGUACCAAUUGUCUAUACAUUAGAUUUAAAAUAAACUAUCAGCAAAUAAACUCUAAUUUUAGUGGAACACCGAAAUGUA